AUGGAGCAAGGGGAGCAGAUUCAUGCCCAAGUAAUCAAGUCUAGUUUCUUAUCUAAUGUGGUUGUGGGGACUGCCCUACUCAACAUGUAUAGUAAAUGCGAAAGCAUUGAUAGUGCGAGCCGUUCUUUUGUAGAGAUGUCCACAAGAACUUUGGUAAGCUGGACUUCCAUGAUUGCAGCCUUUGCACAAAAUGGCUGUUCUGAACAGGCACUGCAGCUCUUUGAAGACAUGAGAUUUGUGGGAGGGAGGCCAAACCUGGUCACAUUUACCGCUGUUCUCUUUGUUUGUAGCCAUGCUAGAAUGGUGGAGGAAGCAUUUGCUUAUUUCAACAUGAUGAAAAGCAAGUACAGAAUCAAGCCUGCAAGGGACCAUUACUCAUGCCUGAUUAGCAUGUACGCAAGGCUGGUGACAAUCACUGCUUUCUCAAAAAUGGUUGGUUAUACUCUCAAGGCUGCUGGGAUUCAUGCAAUGGAAGGAGUCAGCGCUGAGAUUAUCAUUUUGUGCUUAGUCAGACCACUUGAUAGAUCUACAAUCAAUGCUUCUGUUAGGGAAACCAACAGACUGGUAAUUGUGGAAGAAAGCCUUGAGUACCCUGAUGCACCAGUUGAGAGGAAUAUAUCUCAAUGGUGUGAAGAAAUACUGCAGAAAGAAGCCACCAUAGUUGAGAUUUGUGAAGGUUUCCUUUCGGUGGUUCUUCUUUGCUUGAUCCUUGAGGACAAGGAUCUAAGCAUACCAGUGACUACCAACCGAAUAACAGCAGCUAAACUGGUUGCCAUGAACUCGAUCCUUUUGAGGGAAAACUACAAGAUUGGAUUGCCUUCUCAGGCAGCAUUGAAGUGCAUUCAAUUUCAUUGUGUGAUCCUUGGGGACAAGGAUCUUUAG